AUGCUCAAAAACUACCGAGUAAUGUUGAUGUAUAACUGCUUCGCGGACGUGCAGCUCUGUCUUUUUGCUUAUGCCGUUCAGUAUGUAAGUCCAAGGUCCUAAAGUGCUGUUACAAAAUAACGUUUGAUUCGUUUAGUCGAUUAAAAUUGUGGACAAUUUGAUACUUGCCUCGUUGGAAGGGCCUGGACGCUACUUUAAUUUUGAUGGCCAAUGCAUUGUCAACUCGUUGUUUGCGCUCAGCUUGAGUGUGGUCAUAACGAGUCUGCCAGCUAAUUAUUACUAUCGAUACAGCUGUCUAAAACAGUAAUUUUAAACUUAAGAAAAGUUUCAACUUGACCGUUAUUUAUCCCAAAAUGCUACAAAACAAUUUCAGCAACCGUCCUCUCACCGGAAAACGGCUGUUUCUUUUGUAUUUUGGCGCUUACAUCGCUGCAUUGCCUGUUACUAUAGGGGCUACUAUUUCUUUCCAUGAAGAUGGAAAAUCAAGGCCUGGUUUCAACUACGCAAUGUUAUGGUACGAUGUGAAACCAAUCCCAACAUUAAUGAUAAUCGAUUAUGUAGGCAACUGUAUUCUUCUUUUGCCAUUUUCUCUUUUAUUUAGCGCCAGCCGAUCACAAAAUUUUACAUAACCUACACAUUUUUGACUUAUGGAAUUUCUUAUGGUAUAGCGAUCUUUUUCGCUGUAAAAACUGUAACAAUUAUUGACAAAGAACAAGAGAAUUACAGCAGCAAGACGUUGCAACUUCACAAACAACUCUCCAGAGCCAUGUUUUUUCAGGUAAAAAUAAAUUUUCGGCAAAACUUCAAAUAUAUUACCUUCAGGCAGCUCUUCCUAUGUUUGUCUCUGUUGGACCGUCCACAAUUAUUAUUAUUCAAAUGGUUUUUGAGAUAAAUUGGGAUGUCCUUACAUCGGUCAUGUUCAAUUUAUAUUCUUCAAUCCCGGUGUUAAAUUCCAUCUGCACAAUGAUUGUGAUUCGUCCGUUCCGAGAGGAGAUUAUGCAGAAAAUAUUGGGGAGAACCUAUACUCAAUCAGUCCGAACUUCGUCUGACCCGCAGGGAACUGGAAAUGAAACCCAAUAA